AUGACUGUUUUCACUCGCUCUCGCUCUCAACUCGCACCUCGACAAGUCAAAUACAUCAAAAGACACAAAGGUGUCAUACCAAUCCCAACUGGCGGUUCUGUCCGUGGGACGACUCUUGCAUUUGGCCAGUGGGGAAUUCGAAUUAAGGGGAAUGGUGCUAGAUUUAGUGCAAAGCAGCUAACCACUGUGGAGGAGGUCAUCAAGAGAAAGUUGAAAGCAUUGAAAGGAGCAAAGGUGUGGCUUAGAGUGUUUCCAGAUAUCCCGGUUUGCAUCAAAGGAAAUGAAACCCGUAUGGGCAAAGGUAAAGGUACCUUCGAGUUCUGGGCUACUCGACAACCCACUGGACGUGUUAUAUUCGAGAUUGGCGGUGUUCCUAUUCGUGAGGAGCUUGCACGGGAUAUUCUUCGACAAGCAGCGUCAAAACUUCCCACAAAAAUGGAGUUUAUCAAUAGGGAGACACCGCCCAGGCUGGGCAACCUCGUACUUCACCCGACAAAGCCGACAAAAGUGGAUUUAUCUACCAUGGAGUCGCUUGCAAGCUCACCUCCGACACCUUUAACAUCCCCAUAA